AUGAACUUUUUGUUCGUCUAUCUAUCUAUCUAUCUAUCUAUCUAUCUAUCUAUCUAUCUAUCUAUUAUUUCAGUCUGUUCAUUAUCUAUCUAUCUAUCUAUCUAUUUAUCUAUCUCAAGUCUGUUAAUAUGUAUGUAUGUAUGUAUGUAUGUAUGUAUCUAUCUAUCUAUCUAUCUAUCUAUCUAUCUAUCUAUCUAUCUAAGUUUGUUUGUCUAUCUCAGUUUAUUCAUAAUUAUCUAUCUAUCUAUCUAUCUAUCUAUCUAUCUAUCUAUCUAUCUAUCUCAGUUUAUUCAUAAUUAUCUAUCUAUCUAUCUAUCUAUCUAUCUAUCUAUCUAUCUAUCUAUCUCACAUUUUAAGUCCCUUCUGCUUAUCCCCGACCGUUUUUUCUCUUUCUUUUCCUUAUUUAUUUUUCCUUCCUUCCUCUUAUUUAAGUUAUUGCUCUUUUCUUCUUCUCCAAGCAUUUUAAGUCCUUCUGCUUAUCCCCGACCCAUUUUAAGUCCCUUCUGCUUAUCCCCGACCGUUUUUUCUUUUCUUUUCCUUAUUUAUUUUCCUUCCUUCCUCUUAUUUAAGUUAUUGCUCUUUUCUUCUUCUCCAAGCAUUUUAAGUCCUUCUGCUUAUCCCCGACCGUUUUUUUCUUUCUUUUCCUUAUUUAUUUUUCCUUCCUUCCUCUUAUUUAAGUUAUUGCUCUUUUCUUCUUCUCCAAGCAUUUUAAGUCCCUUCUGCUUAUCCCCGACCGUUUUUUUUCUUUUUCUUUUCCUUAUUUAUUUUCCUUCCUUCCUCUUAUUUAAGUUAUUGCUCUUUUCUUCUUCUCCAAGCAUUUUAAGUCCCUUCUGCUUAUCCCCGACCCAUUUUAAGUCCCUUCUGCUUAUCCCCGACCUUUUUUUCUCUUUCUUUUCCUUAUUUAUUUUUCCUUCCUUCCUUCCUUCCUCUUAUUUAAGUUAUUGCUCUUUUCUUCUUCUCCAUAUUUUCUCCGAUUACGCUUGUUCUUUAAACAAUUGUUUUCUUCUUCAUCAUUUUUUUCGGUCCAAUUUUCUUCACCUUCUUCCUUUUACGGUUCUUUGCCUUUUUUCUCAUUCUUUUCCGAGUCCAUUUUUUUCUGACAUCGAUUAUUCGCUUCUUCAUUUUCUUCUCUUCAUUCUCAUUACGAAAAACCCUUAUUCCAAUAAAUAA